AUGACGAGGAAGCGCGGCUGGUGCGACACCCACAUCCUAAGAUUUGCUCCUGCAUCCACGAUCCAGGAGUAUUCUUGCGGAUUAACGACGUCGAAGAGCAGGGGUCGCAGAGCCAUUGCAAUCGGCGCGAUAACAAGGGAAGGAGUUGUCCCGGGGUGCACCCGAGUCGUUAUCCGCGGAAGGAGUGCGAUGGAUGGAGAUUUCCUUGGAGACAUGAAUCACGCAGUUUUCAAAGAAUGGAUUCGCUCUUCCAUACCGCACAUGCUUGCAUUUGCGGGAGGUCGGCCUGUCUCCAUCAUCGUAGACAACGCCUCUUAUCAUUCACGCCAACUGGAAAAAUUCUCACCAAAACUAAACAGUUUUCGAAAAGUACUGAUGACAACUACAUUCAAGAUACCGUCACGAUCAUCCACGAAAGCGAUGAUUGAGGAUUAUCUUAGGUCGAAGGGCAUCUUAGUUGCGGACAAUUCCGCGAAGGAAGAUCUGUUGGUGAAGGUACUGGCUAUUCUGAAAAGAAGUACGGUUGAAUAA